GAUAGAUAGAUUGAUAGAUAUUUAUGUGUGGGUGAGUGGGUGUGGGUGUGAGGCUCCAGCCGUAACCAACAAUCCGUUACUUGAUCAUUCGGGUCCAGCACGUGAUCAACACAUGGUGGACGCCGCUCAUAAACUACCAUCUCAAAUCACAACAAGCCGUCAGACGCAUAAUAUAACUUUUUUUUCUAUACAUCCGUAUAACCGAAAUGGAAGUAAUUGACGUGAUCGUCGUUAAGAACCCAGCACUGCACAGCGAGCAGGCGACAUUCGACGCCAACGGUCUUCGGGCCGCGGCGGACUUGCGGUGGCACGAGGAAGAGAAGGAGGCGGCUGCCGGAGCCCCGCCAAUGGAUGCCGGCAACACCCACGCGAUACCCGAACACAACGGCGAGGCGGUGCUCCCCGGUGCCCGCCUCGUUGCCGACACGGGCCCCAAAAAUGACACUCUACUGUGUAAGGCGCCUCUGGCUGAGGAAGAGGCCAUGGACACGGAGGACGAAGAGGAAGAGGACGCUCAUUGCCAGAGCGGGCCCCUUCCGGGCACUGGGGGCUUAGUGGUCGUAAAGGAGGUGGUGAUCACCGAGGUGGUGCUGCCCCCCGAGGACGCGGUGACCCAAAAUAAGGGGGUGACCGCAGAGGUUGUGAUGGCCCCGAAGGAGGGGGUGACCCCCGGUGAGGCGACCCCCCCCAAACAGACGGCAACCAUCUCAGAGGAGUUGCUGACUGUUCCGGUGGAGAUGGUGACCAUUUCAGAGGACGGGAAAACUGUUCGGAACGAGACGCUGACCAUUCGAAAGAAAGGGGUGACUAUUCGAAAGAAAGGCGUGACGGUUCCAAAGAUGGUGACCCGCUCAAAACAGCUGGUGACUCUCUCUGAGGAAGUGGUGACCGUUCCAAUGGCGGUAGUUACAGUCACAGCUGAAAGGAGAACUUUUACAAAUGAGAUGUUGAGUAUUCGGAAGAAGGUGGUGGCUGUCCAGCAGGGGGAGGUGACUAUCGCAGAGGAGAGGUUGACUAUCCCAGAAGAGGGGGGGACUAUCCCAGAGGAGGGGGUGACUUUCCCAAAGGAGGUGGUGACUAUCCCAAAGGAGGGGAUAACUAUCCCAAAGGAAAGGGUGACUAUCCCAGGGGAGAGGGUGACUAUCCCAAAGGAGGGGGUGACUAUCCCAAAGGAAGUGGUGAAUAUCUCAAAGGAAGUGGUAGCUAUCCCACAGGAAGUGGUGACUAUCCCAAAGGAAGUGGUGACUAUCCCAAAGGAAGUGGUGACUAUCCCAAAGGAAGUGGUAACUAUCCCAAAGGAAGUGGUAACUAUCCCAAAGGAAGUGGUAACUAUCCCAAAAGAAGUGGUGACUAUCCCAGGGGAAGUGGUGACUAUCCCAAAGGAAGUGGUGACUAUCCCAAAGGAGGUGGUAACUAUCCCAAAGGAAGUGGUGACUAUCCCAAAGGAGUUAGUGACUAUCCCAAAGGAAUUGGUGACUAUCCCAAAGGAAGUGGUGACUAUCCCUAAGGAAGUGGUGACUAUCCCAAAGGAAGUGGUGACUAUCCCAAAGGAAUUGGUGACUAUCCCAAAGGAAGUGGUGACUAUCCCUAAGGAAGUGGUGACUAUCCCAAAGGAAGUGGUGACUAUCCCAAAGGAAGUGGUAACUAUCCCAAAGAAAGUGGUGACCAUCCCAAAGGAGGAGGGGGACUAUCCCAAAGAAAGUGGUGACUAUCCCAUAGGAAGUGGUAACUAUCCCAAAAGAAGUGGUGACUAUCCCAAACGAAGUGGUGACUAUCCCAAAGGAAGUGGUGACUAUCCCAAAGGAAGUGGUGACUAUCCCAAAGGAGGUGGUGACUAUCCCAAAGGAAGUGGUAACUAUCCCAAAGGAAGUGGCGACUAUCCCAAAGGAAGUGGUGACUAUCCCAAAGGAAGUGGUGACUAUCCCAAAGGAAGUGGUGACUAUCCCAAAGGAAGUGGUGACUAUCCCAAAGGAAGUGGUGACUAUCCCAAAGGAAGUGGUGACUAUCCCAAAGGAAGUGGUCACUAUCCCAAAGGAAGUGGUAAAUAUCCCAAAAGAAGUGGUGACUAUCCCAAAGGAAGUGGUGACUAUCCCAAAAGAAGUGGUGACUAUCCCAAAGGAAGUAGUAGCUAUCCCAAAAGAAGUGGUGACUAUCCCAAAGGAAGUUUUAGCUAUCCCAAAAGAAGUGGUGACUAUCCCAAAGGAAGUGGUAACUAUCCCAUAAGAAGUGGUGACUAUCCCAAAGGAAGUGGUGACUAUCCCCGAGGAUGUGGUAACUAUCCCAAAGGAAGUGGUAACUAUCCCAAAGGAAGUGGUGACUAUCCCAAAGGAAGUGGUGACUAUCCCAGAGGAGGGGGGUACUAUCCCAAAGGAAGUGGUGACUAUCCCAAAGGAAGUGGUGACUAUCCCAAAGGAAGUGGUCACUAUCCCAAAGGAGGUGGUCACUAUCCCAAAGGAGGGGGGUACUAUCCCAAAGGAAGUGGUGACUAUCCCACACGAAGAGGUGACUAUUCCAAAGGAGGGAAUUACUAUCUCAGAGGAGGUGGUGACUAUCCCAAAGGAGAGGGUUACUAUCCCAGAGGAGUGGGUUACUAUCCCAGAGGAGGGGGUGACUUUUCCAAAGGAGGGGGUUACUAUCCCAGAGGAAGGGGUGACUAUCCAAAAGGAAGGGGUGACUAUCCCAAAGGAGGUGGUGUCCAGCCCAGAGGAGGUGGUGACUAGCCCAUAGGAG